AAGUUUUCACAUUCCAGACUUCACAUUCCCAUCGUAUCCUUCAUACACUUCUCCAACGAAUUCCUCCCCAAUCGACUGCCAAGGUAGAGCUCUCCAGAUUAUCAGCUCUUUUUGCCAAACGGAUCUACUUCAUUCAGCUAGCAAUUCAGAUUCAACACUUCAAAGUUCAGCUCCAAACAAUAGUUUGCGUUUCAAGCCUCUAAUUCAGACAUUAGCCUCCAGUUCCAGCUCGUUGUGCUAAACAUAACCCAAGUAAAAACAUCAUAUAUCUACUCUGUACUCCCUCUAUCCCAUUUUAUCCGUCCUACUUUCUUUUUUGGGUUGUCCCAAAAUAACUGUCUCAUUUCCUUUUUUGGAAAGAAAUAUGUGGCCUACACCAUUUCACUUUACUACCUCCGUAACGUAAAUAUCUUCUCACUUUCCUUAUUUGGACGUAACAUUAAUAUCUUCCCAUUUCUAAUUCUUCCCAUUAUACCCUCAAUAAUUUUAAAAAUAAUACACUAUUACACCUACCUUUUUUGGAUUUAUACUUCAUUCCAUCACAUUAUUUCAUUAUCUUCCCAUCAUACCCCUAAUAAUACAUAUCUCCUUUCACUAUUCUUAAUCUACCUACUUUUCAAAUGGGAACAUCCCAAUGUUACGGAGGUAGUAUUAUACUCAAACCUCAACCACAACUUUUACUUUUUCAACCACUUCGUUAAUAACCAUGCCAAGUCACACAAAAUUGGGACGGAGUUUCGAGUUUCGACCAUGACCACUUCGAAGCGAAAUCACAAAGAGAAGACAAUUCGUCGCAACAAAGAGGAGAAAGCUGAAGAACCAGAACUACCCAAGUACAGAGACAGAGCCAAAGAGAGGAGAGAGGAUAUAAAUCCUGAUUAUGAGCUUAAUGAAUUGGGUGCGUUUCAUGCCGUUGCUCCCCCAGGCAAUGUGGAUAUUGGUUCUGCUGAUGCUCACAAGUUAUCUAUUGAGAAGAGCAAGUAUCUUGGAGGUGAUGUGGAGCACACACAUUUGGUUAAAGGGUUGGAUUAUGCUUUACUUCAUAAAGUGAGAAGUGAAAUAGAUAAGAAGCCUGAUGUUGGAGAUGACCCUGAUGGGAAAUCUAGGGCACCUAAGGAAGACCAAACAUUGGCUUUCCGCACUGCAACUGCGAAGUCAGUAUACAAGUGGAUAGUCAAGCCUCAGACUGAUGUAAAGACCAAUGAAAUGUUCCUUCCUGGGAGGAUGGCUUUUAUAUUUAACAUGGAAAGUGGGUUUUCACAUGACAUUCCGACAACACUUCACAGGAGUAAAGCUGACUGCCCUGUUCCUGAGGAAAUGGUUACAGUCAGUGUUGAUGGUUCCGUCUUAGAUAGGAUAGCUAAAAUUAUGACAUAUCUCCGCCUUGGAUCAUCUGGGAAAGUUCUCAAGAAGAAGAAGAAGGAAAAAGAUGGAAAAGGAAAAAUUUCUGGUUUUGUAAAUGGUUACGAAGAGAACAAUAAUAUAUCAAAAUCUGAUGCAAUGAAGAACCAUAUUGACAAAGCAACUGCGUUGCCCGCUCAUGAAUCUUCUAAAAAGAAUCAUCACAGUGAGUUUAGGGAGAAACAGGGUCCCUCUGUUGCUAGAGUUGAAGAAGAAGAUAUAUUUGUCGGAGAAGGAGUCGACUAUUCUAUCCCUGCUGUAGAUCCAAACCAGAGCCCUAUAUCAGAGGAUAUGGAAGAAUCCCCUAGAAAUAAAGAGAGAACCUCAUAUUUCGGUGAACCUGCUGCUGCCUAUGCCUCAAUUCCAUCAUCUGAACCACAUCAUGGUUGGCAAGCGAAUGGGUAUGAAGCUGUUCAAGCACAGGCCUUUGGUGGGGUGUAUCCACCUGAGUGGCAGGAUUAUCAAUAUGCUGAGCAAGUGGGGUAUCCAGACCAAUACCUCCAGCAGACCUAUGAUGCACAAACCGGUUCAAUCAUUCUUCAGGACCCGCAAUUCAUGACCCAAGAAGAAAAGGAUAGAGGUUUAGGGUCGGUGUUUAAGAGAGACGAUCAGAGGCUUCAACAGCUAAGAGAGAGAGAUGCCCGGGAGAAGGAUCCCAACUUUGUGUCUGAGAGCUAUUCUGAGUGUUAUCCUGGCUACCAAGAGUACAACCGUGAGGUUGUUGACAGUGACGAUGAAGCUGAUUUGACAAAGAUGGAUAUGGGUGGACGUGCAAAAGGACGACUUCAUAGGUGGGACUUUGAGACGGAAGAAGAGUGGGCAUCAUACAAUGAACAGAAGGAGGCAAUGCCUAAAGCUGCAUUCCAGUUUGGUGUUAAAAUGCAAGACGGGAGGAAGACCAGAAAGCAAAACAAAGACCACAAACUCAACAAUGAGCUCCAUAAAAUCAGUAAAUUACUUGCCCGAAAGAAGAUGGAGGAGAAAGGUGGUGGUGGUGGAGGGGACUUCAACGAGGACGACUCUCAUCCAGGAAAGAAACUAAGAGUUUGAUGUUUAUUUCAAUUUAUUAUUAUUAUUAGCGUGUAUUAGAAUGUUGUGCCUUCUUUAUGAACCUAAGAUUUCAUUUGCAAGUUAUUUUCCCAAUCAUUUCCUUUUUGGUACACCACGGGCUUAUAUUGUGAUAAUGGUAUUAAUGUAUUAUUAUUAUAAUUACUAUUAUUAUCAAGUCCACAGUUACAACUCCUACCUUUUAUGCCGAACAAACAUCUCAGCCCAUUUUUGCCCUGUACUUGCAUUGAAU